AUGCAUCUAAGCUCUCUACCUUUCUUACUGGUAUUGAUCAGUGGCAUUUUCUGCUAUUACGACUAUGAUAUGGGAUAUUAUCCAGACCCAGAUGACCCUUAUGUUCAUUCAAUGAUGGGGCCAUCUACAGCGGUCUGUGCCCCAGAAUGUAAUUGUCCUGAAACCUAUCCAUCUGCAAUGUAUUGUGAUGACCUGAAAUUGAAAAGCAUCCCAAUUGUACCUGCUGGAAUAAAAUACCUUUAUCUCCGAAACAAUAUGAUUGAGGGCAUUGAAGAAAAUACAUUUGAUAAUGUAACAGACCUGCAGUGGCUGAUCUUAGAUCACAACCAUUUGGAAAAUUCAAAAAUUAAGGGAAGAGUCUUCUCCAAACUAAAGAGUUUAAAGAAAUUGCAUAUAAAUUAUAACAAUUUGACUGAAGCUGUUGGACCACUUGCCAAUACCAUGGAUGACCUGCAACUUAGUCACAACAAGAUCACAAAAGUCAGCGCCAAUGUACUGGAGGGGCUGGUGAACCUGACUGUCUUUCACCUACAGAAUAACCAGCUGAAAACAGACUCUGUUUCCGGGGCUUUGAAAGGCCUGAAGUCACUUUUAUAUCUUGACUUGAGCUUCAAUCAACUUACAAAGCUACCAAAAGGACUGCCUCCUGCUUUACUCAUGCUGUAUUUUAACAACAACCAGAUCACCAACAUUCCUGAUGAGUACUUCCAAGGUCUUAAGGCCCUGCAAUAUUUACAUCUGUCUCACAAUCGGUUGACAGAUGGUGGAAUACCAGGCAACGUUUUCAAUAUCUCCUCCCUAGUUGAGUUGGAUCUCUCCUUUAACAUGCUGAAAAGCAUUCCAACAGUCAAUGAGAACCUAGAAAACUUCUACCUCCAAGUCAACCAAAUUAACAAGUUCCCACUGAGCAGCUUUUGUAAGGUUGUUGGACCACUAACCUAUUCCAGGGUCAAACAUUUGCGUUUGGAUGGAAAUAAUCUCACUCGAUCUGACCUGCCACAGGAAAUGUACAACUGUCUCCGUGUAGCUGCUGAUAUCUCACUGGAGUGA